AUGCGGUGCACUAAACCGAAAGUCGCCAUGCAUGAAAGACGGCAAGUGUACGAAACGAUAUCCAAGAGAGCUUCUCCAGGAGACUCAGACAGGGCACGACGGGACACACUUUACCGCAGAAGAAAGGCGGGAGAUGGUGGAUUUACAGCAAAAGUGACAAUCUUAGGUUGCAACGAAGUGGAAAUUGAUAACAAGUGGGUGAUCCCUUAUUGCCCUAUUCUGUCCAAGAUCUUCAAUGCGCACAUUAAUGUUGAGUACUGCAAUACAGUGAAAUCGAUCAAGUACAUAUGUAAAUACGUCAACAAAAGUAGCGAUCAGGCAGUAUUCGAACUUGAACGGCAAGAAAUGAGGAGCGACGAGGUUUCAAGGUACGAGAUUGGAAGAUACAUAUGCAGCAGUGAAGCAACAUGGCGUAUUCUCGACUUCCCGAUUCAUCACAGGUAUCAACCAGUGGAGCAUUUGUACGUGCACCUGGAGAAUGGGCAACGUGUGUAUUUUACCGAAGACAACGUAAGAGACAGAAUAGCAGAGCCACCUAAAACUACUUUGACAGCAUUCUUCGACCUUUGCCGAGAAGACGACUCUGCCAAAACUCUAUUGUAUUGCGAUGUGCCACGCUACUACAGAUGGGACAGAUCCAGUAAGAAAUGGAAACGAAGCAUCCAGGGCAUCCACGUGGAAGGACAUCCAGGAAUCAAGUCAUGCUGCGACACUCUUGGUAGAGUGUACACUAUCCACCCAAGCGCAUUUGAAUGCUAUUGCUUGUGCCUUCUCCUUCACAUAGUCAGAGGGCCGACAUCGUAUGAAGAUCUUAGAAUGGUCAAUCAAUUCAAAAGAAGCUGCUCUCAGUCGCUCUCCCCGCAUGCUGAGAAAUCUGUUUGGCACUAUGAUCGUCACGUGUGGGCUGGGAAACCCAAAAACCUGUGGGAUAAACACAAAGAGAGCUUAGCGGAAGACAUACUACUUGAGGUGCGCUAUCAUAAUCUUAGCCAAGAACCUUGCUUCAACCAAACACUCAUACUGCUGGAAGACAUAGUUAUUAGAUUAGGAGGCCACGAGCUUAAAGCGUAUGGUCUGCCGACACCUCAGAGAGACCAUCAGGUAUGCAAUUGCAGAGACUUGAUCAGAGAGACCAACUAUGACCAAGAUGAGCUUACAGCGUACGUAUCAAGCAACGAAUCAUUACUGGUGCCAGACCAAGCUGCGGCUUAUCACGUCAUCCUAGACAACAUGCAGAGUGGAUCUGGUGGUGUUAUCUUUCUAGAUGCAUCUGGUGGCACAGGCAAGACGUUCCUUCUCAACCUUUUACUUCCUAAGGUGAGGCAACAAAAGAAGAUUGCUGUUGCUGUUGCUUCAUCAGGAAUUGCCGCAGUUUUGCUUACCGGAGGCAGGACUGCCCACUCAGCUUUCAAACUUCCGUUAAACUUGGCACAUACGGAGACGCCAACCUGUAACAUCGCUAAGGGUACAGGAAUGGCCACAAUACUAAAGCAAUGUCAGCUGAUUGUGUGGGAUGAGUGCACAAUGGCAAACAAGCUGGCGCUGGAGGCUCUUGAUCGCACGCUAAAAGAUAUCAGAGAGACACAACAAACAGCUUUUGGCGCUGUAACCGUUUUACUUGCUGGUGAUUUUCGGCAAACUUUGCCAGUCAUACAGAGUGGAACCCCGGCAGAUGAACUUUCAGCUUGCCUUAGGUCUUCUUUUCUAUGGCAGCAAGUCCAAACUCUUACCCUGUCUACUAACAUGAGAGCGUGUCUUGAAGGGGACGCAACAGCGGGAGAGUUUUCAUCGAUGCUGCUAUCAAUUGGAAACGGCGAACUGACUGCUGAUGAGAGCGGACUGGUAACCAUACCACCCGGAUGUGGAGAAUUAGUUAACAGUGUAGAGGCACUUAGCGGAAAAGUCUUCCCCAACUUGGCUGUAAACUACAAGAACCACAAGUGGUUGUGCGAGCGUGCCAUCCUUGCACCAAGAAAUGACAUGGCCAGCGAAAUCAAUGAAAAACUUCUUAUGCAAUUGCCUGGAAAAGAACAGCUGCUAAAGUCUAUUGACACAGUCGUGGACAUGUCGGAUUCUGUGCAGUAUCCAACCGAGUUCCUAAAUUCAUUAGACCUUCCUGGCAUGCCACCGCAUAAUCUUAAAUUGAAAGUGGGGUGCCCGGUUAUGCUUCUCCAAAAUCUGGAUGCUCCCGAUCUUUGCAAUGGAACACGACUCAUCAUUAAACAGAUUUUGCCGAACGUUCUUGAAGCCACCAUACUGACAGGACAAGCUCAAGGAAAAGACAUCUUCAUACCAAGAAUACCGCUCAUACCAUCGGACCUUCCCUUUCAAUUUAAACGACUGCAGUUUCCACUAAAAGUUUGCUUUGCAAUGUCCAUCAAUAAAUCACAAGGUCAAUCAUUGAAAGUUGCUGGGUUAGACUUGCAAACAUCUUGCUUUUCGCACGGGCAACUGUAUGUUGGGUGCUCAGGAGUUGGCAGACCUAGCAGCCUCUUUAUCAACGCACCGGAGCGAAAAACAAAAGAUGUAGUAUAUCAUAGAGCGUUGCAGUGA